AUGGCGGCGCCCUCUGUGGACAGUUGGAGCUGGUUUCCUGUUGUAGCACUCGGCGUUUCAUUUCUGAAAUGCCUUCUCAUUAACGCAUAUCAUUCCACAGACUUCGAGGUGCACAGGAACUGGCUCGCCAUCACCCAUAGCCUUCCCUUGUCCAGAUGGUACCAUGAGAACACAUCAGAGUGGACCCUGGACUACCCUCCGCUGUUUGCCUGGUUCGAGUACAGCUUGUCCCAUGUGGCCUGGUACUUUGACCAGGACAUGCUGGUUGUGGAAAACCUAAACUAUGCCAGCUCCGCUACCAUUCUCUUCCAGAGGCUGUCAGUCAUCUUCACUGACUUGGUGUUUAUCUACGCUGUUAGAGAGUGCUGCAGGAGUGUAGGAGACAACAAAGGCUCCAAGGACCUGCUGAGACGGCCAUCUUUCAUUUUGGCUGUGCUGCUUCUGUGGAACUUUGGUCUCCUCAUUGUUGAUCAUAUUCAUUUCCAGUACAAUGGAUUUUUGUUUGGCAUUCUCCUCCUGUCACUGGCAAGACUUUUACAGUCCAGGCACCUGGAGGGGGCGCUGCUAUUUGCCAUUUUGCUGAACCUGAAGCACAUCUACCUGUACAUUGCUCCUGCAUAUGGCAUAUACCUCCUAAGGAGUUACUGUUUCACUCAGGACAAUGGUAAUGGAUCUGUGAGGUGGAGGAGUUUUAGUCCUGUCCACCUCAUCGCUCUUGGAAUCAUUGUUAUUGCUGUGUGUGCUGUGUCCUUUGGCCCGUUCAUUGCUAUGGGUCAGCUGGCACAGGUUCUGUCCAGGCUCUUCCCCUUUAAGAGGGGCCUGUGCCACGCCUACUGGGCCCCAAACUUCUGGGCCCUCUACAACAUCGUGGACAAGGCCCUGUCAGUGAUCGGUGUUCGUCUGAAGCUGCUGGACGUGGCCAAGCUUCCCAAGGCGUCCAUGACUGGGGGGCUGGUACAGGAGUUCCAGCAUGCUGUCCUCCCCUCCAUCUCACCAUCAAUCACACUCGUCUGCACACUGCUCACCAUCCUGCCAGCAGUGUGGAGCAUCUGGCAUAGGCCCCGUGAAGCCAGGGUCUUUCUGCGCUGCCUGGUUGUCUGUGCACUGGGCUCCUUCAUGUUCGGCUGGCAUGUUCAUGAGAAAGCCAUUCUCAUAGCAAUCCUGCCACUCAGCAUACUGGCAGUUGAAAGCAGAGACGAUGCAGGGAUCUUCUUGGUGCUGGCCACUACGGGGCAUUACUCCCUAUUUCCACUUCUCUUCACCCCAGCAGAGCUACCCAUCAAAGUCCUCCUGAUGCUUUUGUUUACCAUUUACUCUUUCACCGCUCUGAGGAAACUGUUCAGUGGACAGGUUCCCCUUCUCUGCCCCCUGGAAGCUGUGUACCUCUGUGGCCUGGUUGUCAUAGAGAUCCUCUGUGAGAUUGUCUACCCCCUAUCGCCAUGGCAGCAGACCCUUCCCUUCCUCCCCCUGCUGGCCACAUCAGUAUACUGUGCGCUGGGUAUCUCCUAUUCCUUCAUCCGUCUGUGCAUCUCUUUGCUGAUGCCGACCAAAGUAAAGCAGCUCUGAGAGAGACAGCAGCAUAUCUCCAUCUAGUUGCCCAGAGAGAACGACUGCUAACCAUGUCAACACAGGUUAGACCUCUGAAAUAAUCAGUCAGUCACUGAACACCCACGUGCCCCUGCUCUAGUGUUCUUGAGCAAGACACUAGACUGGUACUUGCUCUCCCACCGAAAGUCAUUUUGGAUAAAAUCUUGAGUUGGAUCCCCAAAACGUUAGUCCUCUUCUCUUUUUGGAUUCUAAUUGGGAUGCGGGGUCUGCUUAUGAGUGCCUGGGUCAGUAACCUCAGGCACACUUCGACUUUGACAUUUAUGGGGGUAAUGGGGAUCGAAACCCAGGGUUUCUGGAUAGAGAAUGACUUCACUCACCUUGAGAUCAUCCUGCUCAUCUACAGUUGUGAACAAAGAACAAAUUUGAUGUGAAAUUGCAAGGCAGUCUACCACUAAACUACACUGACCCCUUUGGUUCCUUACUGAGCGAUGUCAAGUCAAGUCAGUUUUAUUUGUAUAGCCCAUUGUCACAAAUUACAAAUUUGCCUCAGUGGGCAAUGUGAUAUUUUUUUUUUUCAGCGAACAACUGUCCACCCUUUGGCUACUUAUUAUGGCAGAACAAAAUGUCAAUUUCAAAUAACAUCAAUCUCAAGACAUAUACAGGAUAUAACAACCGUUUUGCUCCACCUUCGUUUGAUCAGAAGGCAGAGGCAAGCAGAAUCCCAUCUGUUGCUUAGUGUAAUGCCAGCACUUCUGUAUGUUAGUCAUCAUUGGAAAGGGGAGCUGAUAAUUAAUGGUAUUAGUAUUUGGACUGACACAAAGGAACAACAAGAAACUUCUUACAAAAAAAGUAUGUUUUGGGUCACAAAUCAAACUGCAAAUGAGAAAAGUUAGGAAAGGAGGUAGGUAAAAAAGACCCCAAAUCAAGUUGACCAUUUGUUGAUUUUGUUUUUCUUUUUUUUCAUAGAUAGACUUCUGUUAAACAGAAAUUAUGUCCUCUCAUUGGUUAAUGCAAUCCUUACCAAAGUAUGUAUACUGUCUAAAAAAAAGUCUUGUUUUAAUUUGCAAAUAUAUGUGACAAAAAUCAGGAGAAAACUAGAAAGAUCAGCCAAUGAGCUUCCAGGUUCAUGACAUGUUUAGCCAUAGCAACACAUUUUAUUAUGGACAACUUAUGGGUAGAUGUUUCUGUAUAGUGAUUGAUCAGCACAUCUGAAACGAGUCUUUGAUCUCUUUAUGGAGCUCAAAUUACCUGUUACACUUUAUGCUAGAAUACUUACAGCAUCCAAAAUACUUUCUUGGACAAAUUGGUGAAGUUGCAUCUUACAGUUGUACAUCUCACAAUAUAUUAUAAUGUAUUUCCGUUUCUGAUUUGAUUUCAAAGUAAUAAUAGUGUAAAAACACUUAACUGCAGAUGGCUCUUUUCUCAGAAAGGAAAUUAUUUUAUAAGCAAAGGAUGGGCGCAACAAGUGACUCUUUUUUUGGGGGGAGGAUUUCCCCCCCCCUUUCUCUCCCCAAUUGUUUCCGGCCUAUUACCCCACUCUUCCGAGCCAUCCCGGUUGCUGCUUCACCCCACUGCCAAUCUGGGGAGGGCUGCAGACUACCACCUGUCUUCUCCAGUACAUGUGGAGUCGCUAGCCACUUCUUUUCACCUGACAGUGAGGAGUUUCGCCAGGGGGACAUAGCGCGUGUGAGGGUCACGCUAUUCACCCCAGUCCCCCCCCCCCCCCUCGAACAGGCGUCCCGACCGACCAGAGGAGGCGCUAGUGCAGUGACCAGGACACACACCCACAUCCAGCUUCCCACCCGCAGACACGGUCAAUUGUGUCUGUAAGGACGCCUGACCAAGCCGGAGAUAACACAGGAAUUCGAACUGGCGAUCCCCCAUGUUGGUAGGCAACGGAAUAGACCGCUACACUACCCGGAUGCCCCGACAAGUGACUUUUGAUAGUGACACAUUACAUGCUUUGAUUUUGUAUUCAAGUAGUACUUGGUUGAAUUUUUAUUUGCUUUUUUGCCCCAUAAAGCCCAAACCCCAAACCCUCCACAUGAGAAAUGAUAAGUCAUAUAGUGUCCCUUUCAGGUAAUUUACUAUUUAGAGUAUCUGAAGUACAGAUAUGAAUUCCAUAUGGAGAUAAAAGGUAAUGAUAAAAGAUGAUGUUUUACAUGAAAAAAACAAAACAAAACAAAAAAUGGACCAAAGUACAAUUCAGGACUAUGAUGGUUGACAUUUACACUGUAUUUUCUAUCUUUUGAAAUAAAACAA